GGUGGGUGAGAGAGAGAGAGAGAGAAUCGUGUGUGGUUUGUGUGUGUGUGGAGUUAAUUUUCAUUCAUAGACUUUACUGAGAAUAGAAGAACCUGAAACUGAAGAAGGGACUAGAAGAGAAGGAAAGAGAAACCAAAAACACAAUGAAACAGAGCAUCUUCAUUUUCGUUCUCUGUUUCGCCAUUUUUGAUUGCAGUUGAAGUUCGAGUGGUAUAGGACCCGACCCAAGAAGGGUUUCUUUUCUGUUUUGUUUUCCUAUUUGGGUUUUGAUCCGGCGAUCAAAUGGCCAAGACGGGUGUUUUCGAUUCUGAUCCAACGGUGAUGCACAAACCCACGUCUGAAUUGAAGAGGGAGCUUCAGAGACUCGUGAACGCCAUAGUCGGAGAUGAGGAUUACAGCACUGAAAUCAUCGAUCAGGCUAAGAACACCCUUCUUGCUAUCAGAGAAUUCAAGCUUAGAAAGCGAUCCCACUCUUUGAAGCACCAAGAUACACUUUCGUGUCCUCAAGAGUUUCGCUGCCCACUCUCCAAGGAGUUGAUGAGAGAUCCCGUUAUUGUUGCCUCCGGUCAGACAUAUGAUAGACCCUUUAUCCAGAAGUGGCUAAAGGCAGGCAACCGGACAUGCCCUCUUACUCAACAAGUCCUCUCACACACAAUUCUCACCCCUAAUCACUUGAUUCGGGAAAUGAUAUCACAGUGGUGUAAGUGUCGAGGUAUUGAAUUGUCAGACCCCGAUCUCUAUUUAAAUGAAGAUGGUAUCACAGAAGCCGAUCGAGACCAUUUUCUUUCGUUGCUGGGGAAGAUGUCUUUAUCACUACCCGAUCAGAAAGUAGCUGCAAAGGAGCUCCGAAUGUUGACUAAAAGGAUGCCAUCAUUUCGGGCGCUUUUUGGAGAGUCGUUAGAGUCCAUUCCUCAAUUGCUUCGUCCACUCUCGGAAGGCAAGUCUCAGACCGGUAUUCAUCCUGAGGUUCAAGAAGAUGUGAUCACAACGCUCUUGAAUCUUUCUAUCCACGACAACAACAAGAAGCUUGUUGCAGAGACCCCUAUGGUAAUUCCUGUUCUCAUGGAGGCACUCAAAUCAGGAACCAUCGAGACAAGGAGCAAUGCAGCUGCAGCCCUCUUCACAUUGUCUGCUAUUGACUCCAAUAAGGCGCUCAUUGGGAAAUCCGGGGCCCUAAAGCCACUUGUUGAUCUCUUAGAAGAAGGGCAUCCUUUAGCUAUGAAGGAUGUUGCCUCAGCAAUUUUCAAUCUGUGUAUCAUCCACGAGAACAGGACAAGAGUGGUGCGUGAUGGUGUGGUCGGGGUAAUUCUCGAUAAGAUAACAAACAGAACACAUGUAGACGAGUUGUUGACUCUGCUUGCAAUGUUUGCAACCCAUCAAAAGGCUGUGGAAGAAAUGGGAGAGCUCGGAGCUGUUCCUUGCUUGCUCGGCAUUAUCAGAGAAAAUGCUUGCGACCGUACCAAGGAGAAUUCAAUUGCUAUUCUCCAUGCUAUCUGUUAUAACGAUCGAACCAAGUGGAAGGAAAUGAGGGAAGAAGAGAAAAUGUAUGGAACAAUAUCUAAGCUCGCCCAGACCGGCACAUCCAGAGCCAAGAGAAAAGCUAGUGGCAUUCUUGAGAGACUUAACAGGGCUGUCAAUUUGACACACACUGCAUAAUUUGGAUAUUUUGGUGCCACCACAGACUCCACUGUGGCUGUAAAUUCUGCAUCUUUUUUCAAAGCAACAUUGUCCUAUAUGCAACUUUUGCCUCUCUCAGGCUUCCUAUGGUCUUUCUCAACCAUCCCUCUGUAAAUUCUUUGUUUCUUGUGAGUGUUUAAAUUUCAGGUUCAUGGUCAGUUAGUCAAUGUGAAUAAAUACAAUACAAGCUUUUUAUUUUUUA